AUGAAGAAACGAACUUUCAUAACGGAGUACUCCAUAUUAAAACGAUACAUCACAAAAUGUGCAUCGUGCAUCGAAGCGUGGACAUCCGGUGUCGUUUGCGUUACGACCAUUGGACAUCCACCGAUCGAAAGAAACGAUCGCCGCGAAAAGGGAAAAUGCACUAACAAUUACGAACGACGUCCUGCACUCGGAAGGACGACGUAUCCAUGGCUUGUCUUGCUCCGUGACAUCGCAGUCUCCUUAACGUCGAGUGGUGUCGUUUCGAGAGGGGCGAGAGCCGCACAAUGUGAAAGAGUGACGGUCGUUAAACAUAACUGUCAUUUAAGAUUUCGUCUUCGUCAGCUCUUCGCGAGAACCGAACCGAUGUACACUCACAAUAACAAGUGA